AUGAUACCUUCUUCUGCGCAUCCUCUAGUUUCAAUGCAUUCCCGGGUAUACCACUCCAUGCUAGUAGAGACUUGCAGAAUUGGAAGCUAG